CCGAGCGGCGGCGCCAGGCUCCCGGCUCCCCGCCCACCGCCCACUGCCCUCCCUGGAUCCUGCUCCGGUCCUUCGCGGGCGGAGCUGGACCGCCAUGGGCUCGGAGAUGGAGCCGCUGCUCCUGGCCUGGAGCUAUUUUAGGCGCAGGAAGUUCCAGCUCUGCGCCGAUCUUUGCACGCAGAUGCUGGAGAAGUCCCCUUAUGACCAGGCAGCUUGGAUUUUAAAAGCACGAGCACUGACUGAAAUGGUGUACGUAGAUGAAAUUGAUGUAGAUCAGGAAGGAAUUGCAGAAAUGAUUCUGGACGAAAAUGCUAUCGCUCAAGUUCCACGUCCUGGGACAUCUUUGAAACUCCCUGGAAAUAAUCAGACAGGAGGGCCUAGUCAAGCUGUCAGGCCAAUCACUCAAGCUGGAAGGCCCAUUACAGGUUUCCUUAGGCCCAGCACACAGAGUGGAAGGCCAGGCACUAUGGAACAGGCCAUCAGGACACCCAGAACUGCUUACACCGCCCGCCCCAUCACUAGCUCCUCCGGAAGAUUUGUCAGGCUGGGAACGGCUUCCAUGCUUACAAGUCCUGAUGGACCAUUUAUAAAUUUAUCGAGACUGAAUUUAACAAAAUAUGCUCAGAAACCUAAAUUGGCAAAGGCUUUGUUUGAAUAUAUCUUUCAUCAUGAAAAUGACGUUAAGACUGCUUUGGAUCUGGCUGCCCUCUCCACAGAGCAUUCUCAGUAUAAGGACUGGUGGUGGAAAGUGCAGAUUGGUAAAUGUUACUACAGGUUAGGAAUGUAUCGUGAAGCAGAAAAACAGUUUAAGUCAGCCCUGAAGCAACAGGAAAUGGUAGAUACAUUUCUCUACUUGGCAAAAGUUUACAUUUCAUUGGAUCAACCUGUGACUGCUUUAAAUCUUUUUAAACAAGGCUUAGAUAAAUUUCCAGGAGAAGUGACCCUGCUUUGUGGAAUUGCCAGGAUCUAUGAGGAAAUGAACAAUAUUUCAUCAGCCACUGAAUACUACAAAGAAGUAUUAAAACAAGACAAUACCCACGUGGAAGCCAUCGCAUGCAUUGGAAGCAACCACUUUUAUUCUGAUCAACCCGAAGUAGCUCUCCGGUUUUACAGGCGACUCCUGCAGAUGGGCGUUUAUAACUGCCAGCUUUUUAACAAUCUGGGACUGUGUUGCUUCUAUGCCCAGCAGUAUGAUAUGACUCUGACCUCGUUUGAACGUGCCCUUUCUCUGGCUGAAAAUGAAGAAGAGACAGCUGAUGUUUGGUACAACUUGGGGCAUGUAGCUGUGGGACUAGGAGAUACCUGUUUGGCCCAUCAGUGCUUCAGGCUGGCUCUGGUCAAUAACAACCACCACGCCGAGGCCUACAACAACCUGGCUGUGCUGGAGAUGCGGAAGGGCCACGUGGAACAGGCAAGGGCGCUAUUACAAACUGCGUCGUCAUUAGCACCCCACAUGUAUGAACCACAUUUUAAUUUUGCUACAAUCUCUGAUAAGAUUGGAGAUCUACAGAGAAGCUACAUUGCUGCUCAGAAAUCGGCAGUGACAUUUCCAGAUCAUGUAGAUACACAGCAAUUAAUUAAGCAAUUAAAGCAGCACUUCGCUGUGCUCUGAUGGUUCCUUAGUCCAAGCAUGUUCUUAUAAAGCAGCAUUAGAAAAGGGGGAAAUGUAGACUUUGUGUGUAUAUAUGUAUGUAUAUAAUUCAAACCUGUGCUUGGUAUUAGUACAGGUAACAUAAGGGAGUUUAAACCAGCAUGUCUAAUGAAAAAUUUAAAUGAGUAACUGUAAGAUAAUAUUAUGAAAUAUGGGAUUUAACCAUUUUUGAAUAGAUCGAUGAAUUCAUCUGCAUUAUAUGGUAGAUGUUUAUAAUGUUAAUAAAAGAUUUUAAUGAAUUUCUUUACAUUUUGGUAAAUAUCUAUUUUUAAAAUCCUCAAGCUGGUUACUAGCCAUCAUAUAGCUUAAGAAUCUGCCUGUAAAACUGCAUUUUGAUUUCCCAAAGUAUGUGAAUGUAUCCUAAAUAGAGACUUCCAAGAGCUUAAAAUUCUAUUUCAAACUCUUUUUUUUAAUCAAAUAUUCAGUUAUUAUAUA